CGAUGAGAAUCAUCCAGACAUGGCCAUGUUUUACAACAACAUUGGCUUGAUCUAUCGAGAAGAGAAGAAGUAUUUUGAAGCGCUCGACUUCUAUGAGAAGUCACUUGCUUUGAGAAGGAAGCAUCUACCACCGGAUCAUCCUGAUUUGGGUACAUCGUACAACAAUAUUGGCGUGGUUCAUCAUUGUCUCGGUCAUUAUGAUCUCGCAUUGGAUCAUUACAAUCGAUCACUUAAAAUCAAAUUGAAGUCACUUCCUGCUCAACAUCCGGAUAUUGCAAUGACCUACAGAAACAUGGGUCUUGCGUAUGAAGACAAGGUUGAAUUAGAACAGGCAUUGAUAUAUAUGAAGAAGGCUCAGACAAUCUUUGAAAUAGCAUUACCAUUUAAUCAUCCUAACGUAGUAAAGAUAAAGGAUAGUGUUAAAAGAGUAGAAGAUAAAUUAAAAAAAACAAAAAACAAAAAAUAA